ACCAUCUGCAACCACAAACUCCCUGCUGCUGAACUGGCAGGAGACAAAGAAAUAGAGAACAGUACAGGAAUCACUUGUGUGAGCGCAGAGAUUUUGGCAGCUUGUCCGAACUGAGACCAUAAUCCUCUCCGGAAAUCAGUCUAAGACAGAACUAUUCAUAAUAAACAUGAAACUAAUACUCUGAUGUAGUAGUGACCCAAAAGGAAUGUGAAUUCUUCUCCAGAACACAAAGACCCGUGGAUGAACUGUGUUUCUAGAUUUUUGCUUCAGCUUUCCUGAAAGCUUCCAUAUAGAAGGAAAAUGAAGGAUUUAGUUCAUUAUACUCGUGAGGCCGUGGCACACAAAGAACCUGUCUUGUUUUGAUUAUUUAUUUCCUUUAACUUCUAGUUCCUGGCCUCCAUUUCUUUUUCUUACAGUCGUAAGUGACCCUUUUUUUGCACUUGAUGGUCAAAAUGAGCAACAGGCACAUAAGCGUGGGUCAACAAAUGUGGACUCUUCUCCUCAAGAACUGCCUUAAAAAGUGGAGAAUGAAAAGAGAGACCUUGUUGGAAUGGUUUUUCUCAUUUCUCCUAGUUUUGUUUGCAUUCCUAUUUUCUUCCAAUUUACAUCAAGUCAGUGACUAUUCUCAAAUGCCUGCAAUGGAUCUGGGACGUGCAGAUAAUUUUAACGAUACUAAUUAUAUCAUUGCAUUUGCACCUGAAUCCAAAACCACUGAAAAGAUAAUGAGCAAAGUAGCUUCAGCCCCAUUCAUGAAAGGAAGGACAAUCAUGGGAUGGCCUGAUGAAAAGAGCAUGACUGAACUGGAUUUAAAUUAUUCAAUAGAUGCAGUGAGGGUCAUCUUUAAUGAUAUGUUCUCGUACCAUUUGAAAUUUUCUUGGGGACGUAGAAUCCCUAAGAUUAAGGAACACAAAGACCACUCAGCUCACUGUCAAGCAGUGGAUGAAAAAAUCACCUGUGAAAGUUCUGUGUUUUGGGAGAGAGGUUUUGUAGCUUUUCAAGCUGCCAUUAAUGCUGCUAUCAUAGAACUCGCGGUGAAUCAUUCAGUAAUGGAAGCACUGAUGUCAGUUACUGGGGUGAACAUGAAGAUACCUCCUUUUAUUGCUCAAGGAGGAAUUGCAACGGAUUUUUUCAUUUUCUUCUGCAUUAUUUCUUUUUCUUCACUUAUAUAUUACUUAUCAGUCAGUGUUUCAAAAGAAAGAAAAUACCUUAAAUCACUGAUGACAAUGAUGGGCCUUCGAGAGUCAGCAUUCUGGCUUUCAUGGGGCUUCAUGUAUGCUGGCUUCAUCCUUGUCAUGGCUAUUUUGAUGGCUCUCAUUGUAAAAUCUACCCAAAUGGUUGUGCUAACUGGCUUCACAGUGGUCUUCUUUCUCUUUUUCCUCUACGGCUUGUCUUUGAUAACUUUGGCUUUUUUGAUGAGUGUGUUGAUAAAGAAGCCUUACCUCACUGGUUUGGCCAUCUUUCUCCUUAUCAUUUUUUGGGGCAGCCUGGGAUUCACAGCAUUGUACAGACAUCUUCCAGCAACUGUGGAAUGGACUUUAUGUCUUCUUAGUCCAUUUGCUUUCACCACUGGAAUGGCCCAGCUUAUACAUUUGGACUAUGAUGUGAAUUCUAAUGCCCAUUUGGAUGCUUCAAACAACUCAUAUAUAAUAAUAGCUACUCUUUUUAUGCUGGUUUUUGAUACUUUCCUCUAUUUGUUAUUGACAUUAUAUUUUGACAGAAUUUUUCCCACCAAAUAUGGACGUCGACAUUCUGCCAUGUUUUUCCUGAAGUCCUCCUUUUGGUGUCAACAUCGAAAAGCUAAUCACGUGGCACUUGAGAAUGAAAUAGAUUCUGAUCCUUCACCCACUGACUCUUUUGAGCCAGUGUCUGCAGAAUUCCAUGGAAAAGAAGCCAUCAGAAUCAAAAACCUUAAAAAAGAAUACAAAGGACAGCGUGAAAAAGUAGAAGCUUUGAAAGGUCUGCUACUUGACAUAUAUGAAGGUCAGAUCACUGCCCUCCUUGGUCACAGCGGAGCUGGAAAAACCACUUUGUUAAACGUACUUAGUGGACUGUCGGCCCCAACAUCAGGUUCUGUCACCAUCUAUGGUCACAAGCUUUCAGAAAUGGCUGACUUUGAAACUCUCAGCAAACUCACUGGAGUCUGUCCUCAAUCCAACGUACAAUUUGGCUUUCUCACUGUGAGAGAAAAUCUCAGGCUGUUUGCUAAAAUCAAAGGGAUUCUGUCACAUGAAGUGGAACAAAAGGUACAGCAAAUUCUACGGGACUUAGAGAUGGAAAAUAUUCAGGACUUUCUUGCUCAAAAUUUAAGUGGUGGUCAAAAAAGGAAACUAACUUUUGGGAUUGCCAUUUUAGGAGAUCCUCAGGUUUUGCUAUUGGAUGAACCAACUGCUGGAUUGGACCCUCUUUCAAAGCACCACAUAUGGAAUCUCCUGAAGGAGAGGAAAUCAGACAGAGUAAUUCUCUUCAGCACCCAGUUCAUGGAUGAGGCCGAUAUCCUAGCUGAUAGGAAGGUGUUUAUAUCCCAUGGCAGGCUGAAGUGUGCUGGUUCUUCUCUGUUUCUGAAGAGGAGAUGGGGCAUUGGCUACCAUUUGAGUUUACAUCUGAAUGAAAUGUGUGAUCCAGAAAGUGUGACGUCACUGGUUAAAGAGCACAUCCCUGAUGCAAAACUAACAGAGCAAAGUGAAGAAAAGCUUGUUUAUGUUUUGCCUUUGGAAAGGACAAACAAAUUUCCAGAUCUUUACAGAGAUCUUGAUAGAUAUCCUAACAAAGGCAUUGAGAGUUACGGUAUCUCAAUGACAACUUUGAAUGAAGUGUUCCUGAAGUUAGAAGGAAAAUCAACUAUGGAUGAAUCAGAUAUUGCAGUUUGGGGACAAUUACAAAAUGAUGGGACAAAAGACACGGCAAGCCCUGUUGAGAUGGAGACAAAUCUGGAUGGAGAUUUGUCUUCUCUCCAUGUAACCAGCAGAAUAGCAGGUGGCAUGACAUUGUGGAGGCAUCAGCUCUGUGCAAUAGCAAAAGUUCGCUUCCUGAAGUUAAGGAAUGAGAGAAAAAGCCUUUUGGCCAUGUUGUUGCUUUUAGGGGUUGGCUUUGUCCCUCAGCUGUUGGAAUACCUAUUCUAUGAAAUAUACCAGAAAAGUUACUCCUGGGGACUCUCUCCAGAUAUGUACUUCCUUUCACCUGGACAAGCCGCAGCAGGUCCUCUGACUCAUCUGCUGGUCAUCAAUAAAACAGGGGCCAGCAUUGAGAAUUUUUUGCAUUCACUAAGACGGCAGAACAUAGCUUUGGAAGUGGACGCUUUUGGAACUAGAAACGGCACAGAGGAGCUAUCUUACAAUGGCGCCAUCACUGUGUCAGGUGAUAAACAGGAUCCCAGAUUUUCAAUAGCCUGUAACACCAAGAGACUGAAUUGCUUUCCCGUCCUCAUAGAUAUUAUUAGCAAUGGCUUACUUGGAAUUUUUAAUUCUACAGAACACAUUCAGACCGGUAGAAGCACAUUUUUUGAAGAACAUGCGUCUUAUAACUAUGGGUCCCUGGGCAGCGCGUUCUUCUGGAUACCACUGGCCGGCUGUUUCACUCCUUACAUUGCCAUGAGCAGCAUUGACGAUACUAAAAAAAAAGUUCAUUCCCAGCUAUGGAUUUCAGGCCUCUAUCCUUCAGCUUACUGGUUUGGACAGGCACUGGUGGAUAUUCCUCUCUACUUCUUGAUUCUCCUUCUUAUACAAAUAAUGGAUUAUGUCUUUAGUCCAGAAGAGAUUAUAUUCAUAAUUCAAAAUCUUUUAAUUCAGAUCCUGUGUAGUAUUGGCUAUGUCUCAUCUCUUGUUUUCUUGACGUAUGUGAUUUCAUUCAUUUUUCGCAAUGGCAGGAAAAAUAGUGGCAUUUGGUCAUUUUUCUUCUUAACUGUCACUAUCUUCACAAUAGUGGCUGCUGAUGUAAGCGAAUACACAUUUCUGGGGAUACUAUUCUGCACCAUAUUAGUACCACCCUUCACACUGAUUGGCUCUCUAUCCAUUUUUUCUGAGAUUUCUUAUGACUCCGUGGAUUACUUAGGAGCUUCUGAAUCUCAAAUUGUAUUUCUGGCAUUGCUAAUACCUUACCUCCAGUUUUUCAUUUUCCUUUUUGUUCUGCGAUGUCUGGAAGGACACUUUAGGAAGAAAUUGUUGCGAAAGGACCCUGUAUUCAGAAUUUCUCCAAGAAGCAGUGAUGUUUUCCCAAACCCAGAAGAACCUGAAGGAGAAGAUGAAGAUGUUCGAAUGGAAAGAAUAAGAACAACAAAUGCUGUGACGUCCCUGGAUGAAGAAGAGAAACCAGUUAUCACUGCCAGCUGUCUCCGGAAGGAAUAUGCAGGCAAAAAGAAAAAUUGCUUUUCCAGAAGGAAGAAAAAAAUUGCCACAAGAAACGUCUCUUUCUGUGUUAAAAAAGGUGAAGUUGUAGGGUUGUUGGGACACAAUGGAGCUGGCAAAAGUACAGUGAUUAAAAUGAUAACUGGAGACAUAAGACCAAAUGCAGGACAGGUGAUUUUGAAAAGGAACAGCGAAGGGGACGAUCUGGGGUUCCUGGGGUACUGUCCUCAGGAGGAUGUGCUGUGGCCCAACCUGACUGUGAAGCAACACCUGGAGGUAUACAUGUCUGUGAAGGGGCUGAAGAAAAGGGACGCCAUGGUCACCACUGCCCAGUUGGUGGAAGCCCUCAAGCUGCAGGACCAUCUGAAGACCCCAGUGAAAACGCUGUCAGAAGGAAUAAAGAGAAAGCUGUGCUUUGCACUAAGCAUCCUGGGGAGCCCGUCGGUGGUGCUCCUGGAUGAGCCAUCCACCGGGAUGGACCCCGAGGGCCAGCAGCAGAUUUGGCAGGCAAUCCGGGCCACCUUUAGGCACAUGGACAGGGGUGCCCUCCUGACAACGCAUUAUAUGGCAGAGGCUGAGGCUGUGUGUGACCGCCUAGCCAUCAUGGUCUCCGGAAGGCUGAGGUGUAUUGGUUCUAUCCAACACCUAAAGAGCAAAUUCGGCAAGGACUACCUGCUGGAGAUGAAGGUGAGGAGCCUGGCGCAGGUGCAACCUCUCCACGCAGAGAUCCUGAGGCUCUUCCCCCAGGCUGCUCGGCAGGAAAGGUACUCCUCCCUGAUGGUCUAUAAGCUACCUAUUGAAGAUGUACAGCCUUUAUCACAGACUUUCUCCAAGUUAGAGAUUGUUAAACAGGACUUUGACCUGGAGGAGUACAGCCUCUCGCAGUCCACCCUGGAGCAGGUUUUCCUGGAGCUCUCCAAGGAGCAGGAGCUGGACGAUUUUGAUGAGGACCUGGAUCCCUCUGUAAAGUGGAAACUCCUCCCACAGGAGGAGCCUUAGAGCUUCAGAUGUUCUGCUUCUCUUCAAGUUUUUUGAGACAGUGUUGUAAAGUGCUACUAGGCCUUAUCGCAUAUGGUAUAAAUUACUUUUGAAACUCAUGUCAUAAUUUUUUUCAACAGUAUAGCUAGACUGGUGGGUAAAGUUAGCAACAUCAAUGAUGAAGCCUGAGAUUAGACCAUACGCCCCAGUCAAGUUACCAGUGAGUGCGUCCUAUUUCACAGGUUAAAUUUAAAAUAGCAUUUGUGAUAGAUUUGUUUACGUGUCUGAGAAGGGUACAAAGACUUGUUUUCCUUUCCAUGAAUGUAAAAAUAUUGAAUAAUGUCUUAUCUUUUUGAUUAGGUGAGGAACAAAAUCAGACAUAAUAUUGACAUCAUGGGAAAGAUAUUACCCUAUAGCACAUAUUUUGCUUUUUGUAAUUUUCUUCCCGUAACAGGUUCGUAAUUCCUUGGUUCUUUAUUUAAAAUCAUUUUCAAAUUUUAGUUUGUAGAAUUCUGUUAUCUACUGUGACUAAAUGAAUUCAAAUCCUGUUAAGAUGCAUACUUGCAAUAUGGAUCUGAAUAUUCAAGCUAAUAUUCAAGUUAAUGAAAUAUAUUAUGAUAAAUUUUUACAUGCAAAAUUCUCAUAUAUAUAUGAGAAUGUUGUACUCAUGUAAAGCACUAAAAAUUCAUUAUUUCAUUGGUCUGAUUUUACCAUAUUUAUCUACCUAGCUAGCUAGCUAGCUAGUUAUAUUAUGGCCUAUAAAACUAGUCACCAUGUAACACUUUAAAAUCAAUAAAUAAACUUGUACAUUCAA